AUGAUCUCCCCAUUUUGUGCCAUGGUUUCCGUCUGUUUCCUUCUUGCUAUUUUGCCUCUUUCCCUGGCCGCCUCAAAUCAAUUGGGAUGCAGUCUUAACUUUGGCGAUGAUUUCCGCUACACUGUUGUCAACAAUUUGAACAUCUAUCGGCAAAUUGUGGCCAAUGGAACGGCUCCGAAUAAAUGUGGAAGCCUGCCUGCCGCUAAGAAUAUGUACAAGCUUUUCUACAAUUGCGAUCUCGAGUCUAAAGCCUAUGCGUACACGUCAAGCUGUGGGUCGUCGUCAGUUCCAUCGAACUCCAUGAACUACAAGACAAUGUCCUCAGCUCCAUGGACAGGAACAGCCGCCUCGAAUAUUCUCACCAUUUUCCAGACUCAUCUCAACGCAAUUGUCACGAAUGGAGCCCCGGCAAAUGUCGCCUUCAGCGGUAACUCGGCUCUCAGCGGAUGGAAUAGCUAUAUAACGGGCACAAAAACGGCUGUCGGAUGUGCUGUCAACCAAUCGUGCACAUAUUCAAAUCCAUCUUUCCCCUACAUGAUGGUGGCCGCCUGUGUUUUCGAUACACCAGCCGCCAGCACGGGUAAUCCAUCCUAUGAAGUGGGCACAAAAUGCGCGGCUGAUUCGGAUUGUACAACCUACUUGGGAAGCACUUGUGACACGACGACCGGUCUCUGUCAAUAUCAAUUCGUCGACAGUGGCACAAAUACGUCGUGCCCCGGAUCGACGGCCGGAUGGACGGAUGCACUGAGAAAUCUGAUGCGGACAGCCAAUCUCAACGACCACUCGAAUGUGUCUAACCCCGAAAGUGCUACGCAUGCUGCUGCCGCCGCCAACACCGCCCAACAAACCGCCGGCAAACCCGGGAAA